CCCGCAGCUCCUGUCUGCCCCGGGGAGAGAGACGGACGAAACUGGGAUACUGCUACAACUACACACCCGUAUGAGGGACUUUAAACCCCUGUCGCCCUUAUCGUACAUUUGAACCCCUGAACUUGCUGUCAGGUUGUGCUGGACUGGAGGUAAGCCAUGGAGGACGAGGGGAAGCCAGUGUGGGCCCCCCACCCCGCCGACGGGUUCCAGCUGGGGAUGAUCGUCGACAUAGGAGCCGACACGCUCAGCAUAGAACCGGUGAACCAGAGGGGCAAGACAUUUCUUGCUCCGAUGAGCCAAGUCUUCCCAGCAGAGGAGGAUGUCAACAAACAUGUAGAGGACAACUGUACCCUUAUGUACUUGAAUGAAGCAACCCUUCUCAACAACGUCAGAGUGCGGUACAAUAAAGACCACAUCUAUACGUAUGUGGCUAAUAUCUUGAUAGCUGUGAAUCCCUACUACGACAUCCCCAAACUUUAUGGCCCUGACGCCAUUAAGUCCUACAAGGGGAAGUCACUGGGAACUAUGCCACCUCACGUCUUCGCUAUAGCCGACAAAACCUACAGGGAUAUGAAGGUUCUCAAGAUGAGUCAGUCCAUCAUAGUGUCCGGGGAAUCUGGUGCGGGAAAGACUGAAAACACCAAGUUUGUUCUCAGAUAUCUCACUACAACAUAUGGAACUGGCCAAGAUAUUGACGAGAGAAUUGUUGAAGCAAAUCCCCUUCUCGAGGCCUUUGGAAAUGCAAAGACAGUCCGAAAUAAUAACAGCAGUCGCUUUGGGAAGUUUGUGGAAAUCCACUUCAAUGAGAAGAAUGCGGUCGUGGGUGGAUUUGUCUCCCAUUACUUGCUGGAGAAGUCCAGGAUUUGCAUGCAGAAUAACGACGAGAGGAACUACCACAUCUUCUACAGGCUGUGUGCCGGAGCGUCGGAGGACAUAAAGAAGAAACUGCACCUGGACUCUCCAGACAGCUUCAGGUACCUGAACCGGGGAUGCACCAGAUACUUUGCCAGUAAGGACUCUGAUAAACAAAUCAUGCAGAACCGCAAGAGUCCUGAGCAUCUGAAGGUGGGUGCUCUGAAGGACCCUCUUCUGGACGACCAGGGGGACUUCAACAGGAUGUGUGGGGCCAUGAAGAAGAUCGGGCUGGACGACACGGAGAAGCUGGACCUGUUCAGGGUGGUGGCUGGCGUCCUGCAUCUGGGCAACAUCGACUUUGAAGAAACAGGGAGCUCCUCAGGUGGUUGCGUACUGAAGAAUCAGUCGGGCCAGACUCUGGAGUACUGUGCCGAUCUGCUGGGUCUGGACCAGGAUGAUCUGCGCGUCAGCCUCACAACCCGAGUCAUGCUCACUACAGCAGGGGGCGCCAAAGGAACAGUUAUCAAAGUGCCUCUAAAGGUGGAACAAGCAAAUAAUGCCCGCGAUGCCCUUGCAAAGGCCGUGUACAGCCGCCUCUUUGAUCAUGUGGUGAAACGAGUGAACGAGUGUUUCCCCUUCAAGACUUCCUCCAACUUCAUCGGGGUGUUGGACAUCGCUGGGUUUGAGUAUUUUGAACACAACAGCUUUGAGCAGUUCUGUAUCAAUUACUGCAAUGAGAAACUGCAGCAGUUCUUCAACGAGCGUAUUCUCAAAGAGGAGCAAGAGCUGUAUCAAAGGGAAGGCCUGGGAGUGAACGAGGUGCAUUAUGUUGACAACCAGGACUGCAUAGACCUAGUGGAGGCAAAGCUGGUGGGGAUCCUGGACAUUUUGGAUGAAGAGAACCGCCUCCCCCAGGCCAGCGACCAACACUUUGCUCUGGCUGUCCACAGCAAGCACAAAGAGCACUUCAGACUGACGGUUCCCAGAAAGUCAAAGUUGACCAUUCACAGGAAUCUUCGGGAUGACGAAGGCUUUAUUAUCAGGCACUUUGCUGGAGCGGUGUGCUAUGAGACGAUUCGGUUUGUGGAGAAGAAUAAUGACGCCCUCCACAUGUCCCUGGAAAGCUUAGUGUCUGAAUCGAAAGAUAAAUUUGUUAGAGAACUGUUUGAGAACUCAAUCACCAACAGGGAUACCAAACAGAAGGCGGGCAAACUUGGCUUCAUCAGCGUCGGAAACAAAUUCAAGACCCAGCUAAACACGCUGUUAGAAAAGCUUCGCAGCACUGGCUCAAGUUUCAUCCGCUGCGUCAAACCCAACCUGAAGAUGGUCAGCCACAAGUUUGAAGGAGCUCUGAUUCUCUCACAGCUGCAGUGCUCAGGAAUGGUGUCGGUGUUGGACCUGAUGCAGGGGGGUUUCCCCUCCAGAGCCCCCUUUCAUGAGCUCUACAACAUGUAUAAACAAUAUAUGCCAGCCAAGCUCGUACGCCUGAAUCCACGACUCUUCUGCAAGGCUUUGUUCAAAGCUCUGGGACUAAAUGACAAUGACUUCAAGUUUGGAUUGACCAGAGUGUUCUUCCGCCCUGGAAAGUUUGCUGAGUUUGACCAGAUCAUGAAGUCGGAUCCAGACCACCUCGCAGAGCUGCUGAAGAAAGUCAACCAGUGGUUGCUGUGCAGCCUCUGGAAGAAGGUCCAGUGGUGCAGCCUGUCUGUCAUCAAACUUCGGAACAAGAUGAGGUACAGAGCUCUGGCCUGCAUUAAGAUUCAAAAGACUGUCCGCAUGUGGCUGUGUAAGAAAAAGCAUAAGCCACGCAUCGACGGCAUGGUGAAGGUUCGAAACCUGAAGAAACACAUGGAGCGCUUCAACGAGGUGGUGAGCGGGCUGAAGGAGGCCAAGCCGGAGAUGGCCAAACAGGCUCAGGAUCUGGCUGCCUCCAUCGACGCUCUGUUAGCAAAGAUAAAGGCCACACUGAUGACCCGGAAAGAGAUCGACACAGAAUACCAGGGUCUGGUGAAGCGCUCAGAGCAGCUGCUGUCUUCAAUGCAAAAGAAGAAGCAGGAAGAGGAAGAGAGCGAGAGGCUGAAACACAUCGAGGACGAGAUGGAAAAAGAAAGGAAGAGAAGGGAGAAGGACGAGCAACGACGCAAACAGGAGGAAGACGACAGAAGACUAAAAUCAGAGAUGGAGCUGAAGAGAAAGCAGGAGGAGGAGGAUAGAAAAAAGAGAGAGGCGGAAGAGAGAGCAAUACAGGCGGAGUUGGAGGUUCAGCUGGCUCAGGAGCGAGAGGAGCAGGUCCAGCGCAGCACCAUAGUGGAGCAGGAGCGCAGAGACAGAGAGUUAGCCAUGCGAAUCGCCCAGAGCGAGGCCGAGCUCAUCACUGAGGAGGCACAGUUGGAUGCAAGUCUGCGCAGUGACGGUUCUUUUUCAGAUCUCCCUAUCUCUUCAUCCUCAGCCAGAUCCAUGGGUCCUCAAGUGCAGGCAACUAAAGCUGCGGCAGGAGUGAAAAAGUAUGACCUCUGCAAGUGGAAGUAUGCUGAGCUGCGAGAUGUCAUCAACACUUCCUGUGACAUCGACCUGCUGGCGGCCUGCAGAGAGGAGUUCCACCGCCGUCUGAAGGUCUACCACGCAUGGAAGUCCAAGAACAAGAAACGCACCGAUGACGGACCUGAGCAGAGGGCUCCUAAGUCUAUCACUGACUACGCUGAGCAGAACCCAGCUCCUCCGAUGGCGGCCCAGCACCAGGAAGUGGCCAUGAACCGCCAGCAGAGAUAUUUCCGCAUUCCUUUCAUCCGGCCCGCAGACCAGUACAAAGACCCGCAGAAUAAAAAGAAGGGCUGGUGGUAUGCCCACUUCGACGGGCCCUGGAUCGCCAGGCAGAUGGAGCUGCACCCUGAUAAACAACCGAUUGUGUUGGUCGCAGGGAAAGACGACAUGGAGAUGUGUGAGCUGAGUCUGGAGGAGACGGGUCUGACCAGGAAGAGGGGCGCGGAGAUCCUGCCCCGGCAGUUUGAAGAAAUCUGGGAGCGCUGCGAUGGGAUUCAGUACCUCAAGAAAGCCAUCGAGAACAAGCAGGCCCGGCCCACGUACGCCACGGCCAUGCUGCAGAGUCUCCUCAAGUGAGGCAGCGGCAGAGGAGAGCGUCCAGAAACCUGACACUGACACAGACUCACACACAUGCACAUUCAGGGGCAGAGUGCCUGUGGUUUGUGGGAUAAAUAGAAGUAACCACAGAGAAAGAGGUUCCUUAUAGAAUCUUACUGUAUGUACUCAUCUCAAAAGUCCUGCUUGUUCUUUAUGUUCACUUUUGAUAUCUUCAUUUGGCUGUGUGACACCCUAUUUGUCUAGCAUUGUAAUUUCAGUCUUAGUACGAUCACACUGUGAGGCCUUAAAAUGAAUUAUCACUGCACUACAACCAGGAAGUCUUAACAUGUGUGUAGCUUAUCUAACUAUUAACCCAAAAACCUUAAUGGUCCGCAAAAGGGACAAUAAAUUAGACGCAAGAAGAAAGAAAAUAUUUAAAAGUGUGAACAAGUCUAUCAAGUCAUAAUUCAUAGUCUAUAUUUAUAUUAUAUACAUACAACAUAUAUAUUUCUAUAGUUAUCUUAUACUGUAUUUCAUAUCAAUAGGGAUAAUACAUAUUAUAUUUCAAUCGUCCAUCUACUUACAUUUUGACAAAGAAACGGGACAAUCAUGUGAUCAACUUUAAUAACUGCCCACUAACUCCGUAUAGUCAACAAAUGCAUUGUUAAAGAUAGAAUAAUGCGUUUAAAGAACUGUGUGGUUAAAUAUCAUUUUAGUCUUUAUUUUCCUGCUGCGUCUACAAUUCAGUUAAAAUCCCUGAAAAAGGGAAUCUCUUUUUUUUUGUAUUGUUGUUCAUUUGUUAUGCAAGAGGGAAAUGUAGAAGUUAGUUUUACGUUUGCAGUUUUGUGGGUUGUUUUGCAGACAAUAAUGUAUUGUGUGUGUGUGUGUGUGGGUUAUGUGUGUUCAUGUCAUAUUUCUGCAAGCUGAUUACUUGAGUCCUUUGUUAGUUAGACCAGGAACAUCUCAUUGGUUACACCAUGCAGUACCUUGCUUUAAGCUUACACUUAUUUACUGAAAGAGAGAGUAGCCGAAUAAAACUGAUUAACUCAAAACAAGAGCUGGUUACACGUUGGCCUUUGCACUGGAAUACUGUAGAAAAUAAAUGUGUGCCCCCAUGUU